AGAGAUUAUUAUUUAUCUGGUAGUGGACAUGGAAUUCAUUUAUGCCCGUCACUAACCUUACGCGUUGUUCCGAAGUAAUUUGCUACUAGCCAGAAUGUCAAAAGCUCACAGUCCUACUCGUUUCAAUGGAGAAGCUGAUAAUUUUUACGAUUCAAAUUUCACACUUGACAUCAGUAAACGAAUGCGCGUUCCAAAGAGUAUUCGAGUAAACGGUGACAAUAUGGAAGACAAUGUGGGGAACACAAACGGCACUUCUUGGAAUCAAAUGCUUGCCAAUGAGAAGUUUGAAAUGCACGUUCCAGAUCGAAUUCUUGUUGUUGGUCAAGAGAAACACGUUGGUACAAAGGCUCCACCAAGGGAAAUUCUCCUGGAAAAUUCAGUAAUGUCUCCAGAACCAGGCAUUAUCAGAGUUCAGACACCACCACGCGUUUUAACUCUGGAUGACCACUAUUUUCCUGCCGUUGAUGAAGACGAACCUCAUUCUACGCGUGCUAAUGAAAGUUUGGUGCUGGAAUCCGUGGAAUCUCGGCCACAUGUUUUGUACAACAGCGAGACACAAAUCGCCAGACACGUCAGAGAACAAACACCAUCCUAUAGUGCACUCGACGUAUCUCUUGCUCCAAGCGAAGAGAUUCAACACCUGCGUCGUCAAGUUGGCAAACUGAAUCGCCGUGUAAUGGCAGUGGAGCUUGAAAUGCUUCAACGACAACAGAGAGAAAAAAUUUUGUUUGCCCUCUCAUUGACAUAUUUCCUCUUAAAGGCUUUUUCAUGGUUAACCAGAAAUUAAACAGUCAGCCUUUAUAUACAAAGGUUAGUAAAAAUCUUUUGAAACGCACGGUGCUGGUAGCCAGUGUUCUACGAACGCCACUCUUGCUCUAGAGAAACGAAAGCCAAAGAUUCUCCAUUGCGAGUGUAGGAAAUUAGGAAAUGUUCAUGGAAGUAUUGACGUAUCGUAAAAUCACCGUUUCCGGGAGGGGAUUCAAUUUUGAGAUUUGAGGAACGAGUUGUGCACAAAUGUACACUUCGGACCAACUCGUAGAACACAGUAGUAGGGCUGCACAAUUCAUGGAUUAAAAAACAUAAUUCUGAUCGUGAAUUCUUUCGAAAGAUGUUUUAGCGGAACACGAUUAACAUUUUUAUUUGGAAUAAGAGACAGUCAUUGAUAGAAAUUUGUAGAUUACUUUAUUUCUAAUGGAAUAUACAUACUCUUAAUAUACCGUGAAACUUAUAUAAAAUGAUUAUAGAUGUUUGGACGUGUCAAUGUCAUACAAUUAUUUUGCAUGACAUAAUGAAGUCAUAACAAAGUAGAUAAAAUGCUCGCGGAGUGGAACAUUAUAUCGGUUGUCCUAAAAAUAUAGGUUAAUCAUUGUUCAAACAAGGCUUCCUUAUCUGCACGAUUAAAUUUCAAAAUACGAAUUGUUUGUAAAUGUUAUACCUAUAGAAUUUGUUCCACUCCAUCCAAGAUUUAUCUUGACGGAUAAAUCAAGGUUAACAUAUAUAACGAGAUGAUGUAUUUAAAUAAGUAAUUUCCUGUUAAAUAACAUUAGUACUGUAUAUCGAUUAUGUAUAUAUUUUCCGAAGUUAAGACUGCGUAAGUAAUUUUUGCGGUCUAUUUAGCAAACUGUUAUUAACUUGAGGAAACCGUGUAAAAGAACUGAGUUGUACGAUAAGAAAACCAAUAGGAAGUUAAAAUGAUGCAUACGAGAACAUUUACUAGAAAAAGUACAAGACUUACAUAGAAGGAAGUGAUUAAAGUCCUAGUUCGCGAGUACUUUCAAUUACAUCUGUAGAGCACAUUUCAUUACACUCGUAAACGUAAUGCGUGAGAGGCCUGGAUCACGUGGGAAAUUUUGUAAAAAAGCAGGAUUUUUAAAUCCUAAUGUUUCUUGCAAGUUGUUUGUCUGCAGCCAUUAUCAUAAGAGAAUAUUGUACAUUUUUAUGCUGUACUUGUGAUCCUAAACAAGGAAAUAAAUGUUAAAGGGAC